GUUACCAGUAAACCUACACAGACAUGGCCGCUGCAGUGAAGCUGUGUGAUCAGGUGGAUCUGGUGAAGGAGCAGUAUUACAGGAGGAACAGAGAAGCAGAAGAACACCGGGAGCGAGAACAUGCUGCUGCCGUCAGGAUUCAGAGCUGGGUUCGAGGCUGUCAGGUGCGAGUCUACCUCAGCUUUCUACACCGGAACGCCAUCGUCAUACAGAAGACGUGGCGGGCUUUCAGCGCUCGUCAGUACUUUAGGCAAAGGGUAAAGACAGCAUAUUUUCUCAUGAAGAUGAAUUUCUACAAUGAGAUGGCUGUCAAGAUACAAAAGAGAUGGAGAGGAUACUACGUGAGGAAGUACGUUCAUAAUUUCUAUGAACGAAAGAGAUAUUUGGAUGAUUUGACAAAGAGGAACGAACAAGUCAGGAGAGAACUGGAAGAAAUAGCGGAGCACCAGAAAAAGGAAAGAGAGCGCAUUGCCGUGGAGAGAGAGGAGCGGGAGAAAUACACACAAGCUCAACGACUUCACUUCCUCGUCAGCACCAAACAGCGCCCAGGUGUGUUCAACUCGCCGUUCCGCUCAGUGCCGGAUGAGAUGGAGCUGAGGUUGAGGGCAGUAAAACCUUUGCAGACAAGAUCUGCUCCUAAAGCAACAGCAAGCGACCAGCAGCCAUCUGGCUUCUCGUCUAGCGUGGAGAGACUACCACCAAUACACAAGACCCCACAGGGGCCUUUCAGGCCAGCUGCAGAGGUUCAGCGGCAGCGCCGGCGGCCCCUGGAGCCGAGUCUGCGCGUGGCCACAUCCAUCACGGCCCUGGAGGAGGCUAGAGAGGAGCUGCGGCAGCGCGAAUGGAGGACUCGCCUCAUCGACCAGCCUUCGAGUCUGUCUGGCUGAAGAGUCGUGCUAAUGACCUGAAAAAACAGUGAAAAACUGGCCAUGUGACAUUAGUGUUGAUCUUCUGGUGCCAUGGCCUGGAUCAUCUCCAGAUCUAAAGCCAAUAGCAGACUGAAGAAGGCAGGAACAGUCAAGGAACGUCUUCUUCGCGAAGCGAUCGAGCUGGGAUGGAUUGAGUGACACCAGAGCACCGCAGACGUCCUUCUGACUCCACACCCAGCCGGAUCCAGAUGGUUCUGAACAGUAAAGGACUAAAUACUGAUUGUUAUAGGACAAUUUCAUUUGGAGAAAAUAACUAAUUGUGCUUAUUAUCUUGAUUGUCAUUAUUUAAAAACAAA